CUUAUCACGAGGUAGUCUCGUCGGAGUUGGCUCACAAGGUUCGAUUCGAUCUUCCCGCGUGUUUUGUGAAAGAAAGAUGAAGACAAAAUCGAUCGCGUAAUCGUCGCGGCGGCAACGAGACCGAGUAAUGCCGCGCGAAUCAUCGAUAACAUGCAGUUUCACUCCGAAGGCGGUCUAGAGUUGUUAUCGAGAUUCAGCGAGAAAUCGCGUUCGAUCAACAUCGACGAGUACCUGUUUUCCGGCGCCGUCGACAAUCGAAGCAUCAUCGAAAUCGUCGGGACUCCGUUCACCGGGAAGAGUCUGUUGUAUCGAUUCAUAGCGAAGUGCAUAUUGCCCGCGCAGUACAAGAAGAUCAAGAUCGACGGAUGCGACGCCUCCGCGAUACUGAUCGACACCGGUCAUACUCAGAUAAGCAAAGUGGCCGAACUCAUGACCUCCAUGAUAUGCAGCGCGUGCGAAACUGCCGGCGCGCGAUUGCCGGAUGAAAAAGUCGAUCUCAUUGUGACCAAGUCUCUGGAGAAUCUGACGGUCAUUAGUUGCUGCGACAACACGCAGUUCCAGCUGACGCUCCAUACGCUGGAAGAUGAACUUCUCAGUAACGGGAGGGUUGCCGCGUUGUUAGCCAUAGAUAAUAUACUGGCGUACUACUGGAGGGAGAGAAGAGAAAAGAAUACAAAUUUCAGUAUGGAUUGGUACACAAAAAGCCUCAUCACACUCAUUCGUGCUAGAACUUCUCAGUUUAAUAUUGUCACAGUUUACACCAGAUGGGACAAGUGGGAGAAUUGUGUGUCCGAACAUGGAGCACAGACAAGACACAGUUGUCCUUUAGAACAAACAAGUAUAGAUUAUAGAAUACAGUUCCGUAAUGAAAGUGUACCUCAGAAAUUUAUUGCACAUGUACAAUCUGCAAAUGAAACAAAACAGGUUCAGUGUAUAAUUUCUGAUUCAGGUAUAAAGUGGAUUUCUUAAAGUGCUGCUUACAUACAAAC